AUGGCACCCUCUUCACCUCCGCCAGGCAGCGACGACCCUAUCUCCCGGUCGAACGGACACGCCCAGCAUGACGGAACCGGAGCGAGCAGCAGCGGGAUGUCGCGCGGACUAUCAUCAAGCGGAUUGAACCCUCGCACGUCGCCUACAGUUUCGCAGAAGCCUCUCUUUGGCGCAGGCGAGACGAACGGCGUCUCGUUUCGCCAGGGUUCGGUGCAUUCGACGACGAGGACCGAUGGAGGAGCGAGGACGGAGCAGCAUUUGAGGCGGAGGUCGAGUUUCGCGGGAAUGCACUCGGCGCUGGAUCUUGGCGGAGGAGAAGACGGACCGCGACAACCGGCGUCGAGCGGGAUGGAGCGCGUUUCGAGCUUGACGACGUUCAUGAACAGCGGUGGACAGGCCAAGGUGCUGCCGAAGGAGGCGGAGAAGGAGCGGGUGCGCCAGGCAGCGGCAGGAGUUGGCGCCAAGUCGCCUCGAGGAGGAGGACGAGGGCGAAUUCAGCGGCGGAGGCUGUACUCGAGCCUGAUCCGCCUGCUGGGUCUCGUCACGGGCGUCCUGCUCGUCAUCUACGUCCUGCGGAACGUCGCGGUGUCGCUCUCGGGCCGGUCGAAGGCGGCGAGUCCGGAUGCAGGAGACGGAGAGGGUCCGGCGUGGCUGUCGAAGCUGCCAGGCCAGAAGCUCCUCUUCGACUCGCUCGAGACGGUGCCCAUGCCAACGCGCACCCACCCUCGCACACCUCGACGAGGCGAGCAGUACAAGCUCUCGCUCGCCGACUACCUCAAGACCCGCCUCGGCUCGCACUUUGCCUUCCCCUCCGCCAACACCCCUUCCCGCUCGACCAAGGGCAGCCAGUUGUGGCUCACGUCGGCGACGAGCCAGAGCAUCGGCGUCUCGACUCCUCACCUCGUCACCUUCUUCCGCCGCCUCCAAUCCGCCUCGUCCGGCACGCCCAACCCGCAAGACGACCUCCUUUCUCCGUACUUCUCCUCGUCACGCCUUACGAACGUCUCUCUCCCCCUCGAGAACAGCGACCAACGCCACGCCGACCGCGCACUCGUCGUCCUCUGCCGCGACGAAGGUUGCAUGGACUACUGCCGCCGCGACAAAGAGCUGUAUUGA